AGCCUUGGGGACAGCCCUGGGGACAGCCGCGCUGGAUCGGGGAGCCGCCGUGGGAUGUGAUAGCCGGCGGAUCGCACGGAAAUAUUUCUUCUGGGAAAGGAGAGAGGCAGCCUCCUCCCGCGGUCGGGGGCCGUCAAGAAAAGCGGAUUUAAAGAGCAUCUUUGCCCCUUUGUUGGAUGAGAAGGACAGGGGAGGACCGGCAGGAUGAGCACUAGCACAGUUCCCUAUCAGCAAAACCCCUACACCCCUGGGAGCAGCUCCUCCGUGAUCCAGUGCUACCGCUGUGGGGACACCUGCAAGGGCGAGGUGGUGCGUGUCCAGAGCAAUCACUUCCACAUCCGCUGCUUCACCUGCCAAGUGUGCGGCUGCGACCUGGCACAGUCGGGCUUCUUCUUUAAGAACCAGGAGUACAUCUGCACCCACGACUACCAGCAGCUCUACGGGACCCGCUGCGACAGCUGUGGGGACUUCAUCACUGGAGAGGUCAUCUCCGCCCUGGGGAGGACCUACCACCCCAAGUGCUUUGUCUGCAGCACCUGCAGGAAGCCCUUCCCCAUCGGAGACAAGGUCACAUUCAGCGGGAAGGACUGCGUCUGCCAAAACUGCUCCCACUCUCUCAUCAGCACCAAACCCAUCAAGAUCCAUGGGCCGAGCCACUGUGCUGGCUGUAAGGAGGAGAUCAAGCAAGGCCAGUCCCUCCUGGCCCUGGAGAAGCAGUGGCACGUCAGCUGCUUCAAGUGCCAAACGUGUGGGAUCAUCCUCACUGGCGAGUACAUCAGCAAGGAUGGCAUCCCAUACUGUGAGUCUGACUACCAUGCCCAGUUCGGCAUCAAGUGCGAGACCUGUGACCGGUACAUCAGUGGCCGGGUCCUGGAGGCAGGAGGGAAGCACUACCACCCCACCUGUGCCAGAUGUGUCCGCUGCCACCAGAUGUUCACAGAAGGAGAGGAGAUGUACCUCACAGGCUCUGAAGUGUGGCACCCGAUCUGCAAGCAGGCGGCCAGAGCAGAGAAGAAGCUGAAGCACAGAAGGACGUCGGAAACCUCCAUCUCCCCUCCUGGUUCCAGCAUUGGCUCCCCAAACCGUGUCAUCUGCGCUAAAGUGGAUAAUGAGAUCCUUAAUUACAAAGACCUGGCAGCUCUUCCCAAGAUUAAAGCCAUCUAUGAAGUGCAGCGUCCUGACCUCAUUUCCUACGAGCCCUAUCACAGAUACACGUCGGAUGAGACACUGGAGAGAUAUAGCUAUGGGGAGUCCCUGGGGACCCUCUCCCCAUACUCGCAGGACAUCUAUGAGAGCUUUGACACGCGGCAGAGGCGAGCCUCCAGCCCUGGCUACAUCGACUCCCCCACCUACAGCCGCCAGGGCAUGUCCCCCACCAUCCCCAGGUCCCCCCACCAUUUCUACCGCUCAGGCACCGAGAGCGGGCGCAGCUCCCCCUACUAUAGCCAGUUAGAUGUGAGGUCCUCCACUCCAACCUCAUACCAAGCACCCAAGCAUUUCCACAUCCCAGCUGCCGGCGAGAGUAACAUCUACCGGAAGCCCCCCAUCUACAAGCGCCAUGACAACCCCUCUGCAGCCACAAAAAGCAAAACCAGUGAAGACAUCGCGCAGUCAUCCAAGUACAGCCCUGCCUACUCCCCGGAUCCGUACUACCACUCCGAGUCAGAGUACUGGCCCUUCCAAGGCUCGCCCAAAGCACCCCGGGCCCGGAGGUUCUCGUCAGGUGGUGAGGAGGAUGGGUACGACCGGGGCAUGCACAAGAUCCAGAGUGGCAUUGGCAGGCUGAUCCUGAGGGAGGAGAUGAAGGCUCGGUCCAACUCCUACGCAGACCCCUGGACACCCCCUCGCAGCUCAGCCAGCAGCAGAGAAGCCCUGCACACGACUGGCUAUGAGGGCUCCCUCAAUGGCUCUCCCAGAACCCACUACCUGGCCGACAGUGAUCCCCUCAUUUCUAAGUCGGCCUCCCUUCCUGCCUACAGGAGGAAUGGGCUGCACAGGCCUCCCAGCGCUGAGCUUUUCCACUACGACAGCACGAAUGCCGUCAACUGGGGGAUGCGAGAGUACAAGAUAUACCCCUAUGAGCUGCUCCUGGUGAAGACAAGGGGGAGGAACCAGCUGCCCAAAGAUGUGGACAGGACUCGGUUAGAGCGGCACCUUUCCCAGGAGGAAUUCUACCAGAUCUUCGGCAUGACCAUUGCUGAGUUCGACCGCCUGGCCCUGUGGAAGAGGAAUGAGCUGAAGAAGCAGGCCCGGCUGUUUUAAAUGCAGUGCACUAUAAAUAUAUACAUACCUAUAAAUAUAUACAUAGAGAGAUCUCUAUAUUGCAGCUCUACAUGAUUCUCGGUGCUGUAUGGGGCAGAGGUGCCCUCUGCGCCCCUGAGAGUGAAUUGGAGUCUUGCAGAUCAUUUUAUGCUCUGUGUUUCCUUUACUUUUCCAACCUUGUUUCUGUAUCAAUCUGUGGGUUCUCCCGGGAGCUAAAGCCACAUGGUUCCUGAAGCAC